AUGGCGCUGUUCAAUUUACAAAGCUUUAUUAGUAGUCCCUCUGAAGAACAGAUAGAUCUAUGUAGGAAGCAGGAUCUGUUGAUGAUAGCGGAACACUAUCACAUUCAGAUUGGGAGGCAGGCUCUUAAGAAAGACAUUAAGAGCAUAAUUCUGCAGAGGUUAGUAGACCUUAAUGUUCUCUUUUUAUCUGGAGCUAGUGGUGAGGAGACUGGCGGAGAUGUAGAGCUACCUGGUGCUGUCGUUGAUCAUUCCAGUUUUAGGGAUGAUGUGGAAAAACGGGAGUAUGAGGCACAGGAAAAAACUCGGACGCACCAGGCCGAAUUAGAGCUACGCUUAGAAAUACGCAGGCUGGAGAUCGAAGCUGAUAAGCAGGUGAAGCUGCGACAGCUUGAGUUAGAGGCAGAGAAGGUUGUUGCUGGCUCGGUUGUACAACAUAGCCGAGGUCAGGAAAUGGACACAAGAACAUUUUACGGGCGGAAGGAACAUGAUCGAGCAGUUAGGGUCAUUCCUUCUGACAGUGAGGACAGUGAGCUUGAGGAGAGUGACAAUGAGGACAGUGAUGUUGAGGAGAGUCAGGAAGACAGGAUCACUGAAUCAGGUUUGAGAGGCAGUUUGGAGGUCAGGGGAGAAUGCCUGUCUGUUGACAAUGACACGGAGUCUGAGGAUGAAGAUGAAGAUGUAGAAGAGGUUGAUGUUCCACGCCUACCCCAGUGGAGAACACCCCACAAUGCACACUUCAAUGCUUACCCAGAAUGGCAGGACCUGCUUCCAAGAUCUGAUGAUAUCAUGUCCCCCCUCCAGUACUUCAAGCAGUUUUUCUCUGAAGACAUUCUGGAAGUUAUUGUAGAGCAGUCAAAUCUGUAUGGGAUACAACGUGAUGCAAACAAUCUGCUUAACCUCACCAUAAAAGAAUUGGAGCAGUUCCUGGGGAUUGUGGUGUACAUGUCAUUGUUUGGUUUACCAGGCACCCGCAUGUUUUGGAACAAAGCCUGCAGAGUGUCCCAAGUAGCUGACACUAUGACACUGAAUAGAUGGGAGGCCAUCAAAAAACACCUGCACUUCAAUAACAAUGAAGAGAGACAGGAGGAUAAUAAUGAUCCACUCCACAAGAUCCGACCACUGGUUACUCAUCUAACCUCAAAACUGACAUCAAUCCCAAUGAGUGAGAAGCUGGCUGUUGAUGAGCAGAUGGUCCCAUUCAAGGGAAGAAACCGAUUGAAGCAAUACCUGCCAUCAAAACCAAAGAAACGGGGCUACAAGAUUCUCGUCUUGGCUGGCUCUGAUGGUGUCCCGUACAACUUGGAAAUCUACACAGGGAGAGUUGUACAACCCCCUGAGCUAGCAGAUGUGGGAGCAAGUGGCAAUGUUGUCCUCCGCCUGGCCCAGCCUAUACCCAAGCAAAAGAACUACAAGCUUUUCUUCGACAACUGGUUUACGAGUGUCCCUCUUGUGCUUACACUGGCUCAGCAGGGAUUUCACUGCACUGGUACUGUUCGUGGCAACAGACUACCAGGCGUCAACUUGAUGUGCGAUGCUGAGCUGAAAAGAGCGGGACGUGGAUCUUUUGAACAGAAGAUGGCCAUGGUGAGAGAAACCACCUUGUAUGCUGUAAAGUGGUACGAUAAUCGCUCAGUGACCCUUCUCAGUGAUUACACUGGAGCCCACCCAGUCACCGAGGUUGACAGGUGGGAUCGCAAGCAAAAAAUUAUCACCAAAGUCCCCUGCCCUGCUGUGGUGAAAAAAUACAACAAGAAUAUGGGUGGGGUGGAUCUGCUUGACUCACUGCUUGCACUGUAUCGGAUCAAAAUCAGAUCAAAGAAGUGGUACCACCGGCUGGUGUUCCACUUUCUGGAUAUGAUCAUCGUGACCACAUGGCUGCUCUACCGAAGAGAUUGUGAAGGUACUGACAUGAGAAAGGAUGAACAUAUGAAGCUGUAUACCUUCAAAUCCUACAUUGCUGAAGCCCUAUGCAAAAGUGGAAAGAGCCUGGAGCGCAAGAAAGGUCGCCCCUGUUCCACAAUUGCUGGUGAGUAUGAGGAAAAGAGGAGAAAAGGACCUGCUGCUUCAAUUCCAGUCCCUGAUGUGCGCCUGGAUGCCACAGCCCACUGGAUGAUUAUGGCUGAAAAGAAGGGGAGAUGCAAGGUACCAGGAUGCACAGGUACACCAAAAGCCAAGUGCCGGAAAUGUGAUAUUCACCUCUGUUUUAUAUCCACCAGCAACUGCUUUCUGAGGUUUCACACAGAAUAG